UCUCUCUCUCUGACCCUAUAAUGAUACUACUAGUAUUAUCAUUUGAAACAACAACACUGUACUGUACCAAAACGAAAGUGGGACCCACCUCUGCCUCUCUUUGAUCAGCUGCAGGCAGGCAGUGUCGUCAAUCACGCGCCCCUUUCUCUUUCUCUGUCUUUAGCUGUCUGUCGAUCCAUCCAUCCUUUCUUUUCUUUUUUUUAUUUAAUUAAUUCUUCUCACUUUGUUACUCUCCCGCAACAACAACAACAACAACAACAACAACAACAAAAUCAAUAAUCUUCCAAUCAAAUUCAAAUUAGGGUUUCUCAAUUCUUAAUUCAACUCUCUCCUACAAUGUCUGGACCCCUUGAUCGUUUCGCUAGACCUUGUUUUGAGGGGUUUUCUGGCAGUGAUGAGAAGCGAGAGAGAAGAUCUGAUUUUGAAAAUUCAGAAGAUGAAAGGAGAACCAGAAUUGGAUCCUUAAAAAAGAAAGCUUUAAGUGCAUCAACCAAGUUUAAGCAUUCUCUUAGAAAGAAGAGUAGUAGGAGAAAGAGUGAUGGACGUGUUAGCUCUGUUUCAAUUGAGGAUGUUAGAGAUGUUGAGGAGCUUCAAGCUGUUGAUGCUUUUCGUCAGUCUUUGAUCAUGGAUGAGUUGCUUCCUCAAGCUUUUGAUGAUUACCAUAUGAUGUUAAGAUUUCUGAAAGCAAGGAAAUUUGAUAUUGAAAAAGCAAAGCAUAUGUGGGCUGACAUGCUACAAUGGAGAAGGGAGUUUGGUGCUGACACCAUUAUGCAGGAUUUUGAGUUCAAGGAGUUAAAUGAAGUUGUGAAGUAUUAUCCACAUGGCCAUCAUGGUGUAGAUAAGGAAGGAAGGCCUGUUUAUAUUGAAAGACUUGGAAAAGUUGAUCCGAACAAACUGAUGCAGGUUACAACUAUGGAUAGAUAUGUAAAGUACCAUGUGCAAGAGUUUGAGAAAUCUUUUGCAAUAAAGUUUCCUGCUUGCACUAUUGCUGCAAAGAGGCACAUAGAUUCAAGCACCACAAUCUUAGAUGUUCAAGGAGUGGGCCUUAAGAAUUUUACAAAGUCAGCCCGUGAACUCAUUCAGCGGCUGCAGAAGGUCGACGGUGACAAUUACCCCGAGACACUCUGCCAAAUGUUUAUCAUAAAUGCCGGCCCUGGAUUUAGACUGUUGUGGAGCACUGUCAAGUCUUUUCUAGAUCCUAAAACAACUUCAAAGAUCCACGUUCUUGGAAACAAGUAUCAAAGCAAAUUACUUGAAGUAAUUGAUGCCAGUGAGUUGCCGGAAUUUCUCGGAGGUACCUGCUCUUGUGCAGAUGAGGGAGGAUGCCUUAGAUCUGAUAAAGGACCAUGGAAAAAUCCUGAAAUAUUGAAGAUGGUUCUCAAUGGCGAACCACGGCGGGCAAGACAAGUAGUAAAGGUUCUCAACAGUGAAGGGAAGGUUAUUGCAUAUGCAAAGCCACGAUACCCAAUGGUAAAAGGAAGUGAUACAUCUACCGCCGAAUCAGGGUCAGAAGCUGAAGAUAUAGCUUCUCCAAAAGCAAUGAAGAGCUAUUCACACCUUAGACUGACCCCUGUUCGUGAGGAGGCUAAGAUAGCAGGAAAGGCAAGUUAUGCUAACAUGUCUGGGUACGAUGAAUAUGUUCCAAUGGUAGACAAACCUGUUGAUGCUGAAUGGAAGAGGCAAACAUCUCUACAGAGGUCUCACACCUUCAAAGGAACUCGUCCUCUUCCUGACAUACAAAACACUCCAGAAGGAAUUAAAGCUCGGGCUUGGGUAGCCCUCGCUGCCUUCUUCCUGACAUUAUUUGCUCUUUUCCGUCAAGUUGCUUGCCGCAUGACCAACAAACUUCCUGCAAUAUCAUCUAAUGAUGAUCAGAGAAUUUCAGAACCAACUCUCGAGACAACAAACAUGGAAGUUCUUCCUUCAACAAGCCAAGCACAGACAGAGGAAAAUCUCUUUCCCUCCUUGCUGAAAAGGUUAGGUGAGCUUGAAGAGAAGGUUGACACACUACAAUCUAAGCCAUCUGAAAUGCCUUACGAGAAGGCGGAAUUGUUGAAUGCUGCGGUCUGCCGGGUGGAUGCUUUGGAAGCAGAGUUAAUUGCUACUAAAAAGGCUCUCUACGAAGCGUUAAUGAGGCAAGAAGAGCUGCUUGCUUACAUAGACCGCCAAGAAGAAGCCAAGUUACGGAAAAAGAAGUUUUGCUGGUGAGCUAUAUGGCUGAUAGAAAGAUGCUCCACAGAGGAGGAUGUUUCUCCCAGCACGAUCACAGUUGUACUUAUACUUCGAACCGUUGUACCGAUGUUGUAACUCUAUCCACUGUUUUUCAGUGUACUAUGAGUAAAACUAAGCGGAUAAUUACUUCAAAUGUGUGUAUAUCCAGAAUAGCAUCUUUGCUAGCUUGUGAAACACAAGCUCUUUCAGUUUUUGUUUGUCCUUGUAUCUGGUUUGUUUUCCAUGGUUGAAAAGCUUUAGUUGUUUGCACGAUUUCUUGCUUAUCUUUGUCCACUGGUUUUUGUAUAUACAGAAGUAAAACGUUGCCCUAUUGUUUA